AUGUGCUACUACGGCAACUACUAUGGCGGCCUGGGCUACGGCUAUGGCGGCUUCGGGGGUCUGGGCUGUGGCUGCGGCUGUGGCGGCUUCCGCAGAUGGGGCUGUGGCUGUGGCUACGGAGGCUACGGAGGCUACGGAGGCUACGGAGGUUACGGAGGCUACGGAGGUUACGGAGGCUACGGAGGUUACGGAGGUUACGGAGGCUACGGCUCUGGCUACGGUGGCUACGGAGGUUACGGCUCCGGCUACGGAGGUUACGGAGGCUACGGCUCUGGCUUCUCCCGCUUCUACUAG